ACCAGGGGGAGGCGGGGCCAAGGCCCGGGCCUGACUAAACCUAAAGACUAGGGUGCGGAGGGGCUUCAUCCCAGCUAAGGAGGGACGAGCCGCAGGCAGCCGCGGAUCUCACAGCCGCUCGGGGUCUCCUUGGCAGAUGGAAAACCUGAAGUAACCUCAGGCUAACCUUGGUGUUUUUGGAAAAUUAGACUUGCUGGUGAAGUAACUGGGGGUUUUUGAGAACUUCAACUAUAAAAAUGGGCAGAAUUUUCCUUGAUCAUAUCGGUGGUACCCGUCUGUUUUCUUGUGCGAACUGCGAUACGAUUCUGACCAAUCGCUCAGAGCUCAUCUCCACGCGGUUCACGGGCGCCACUGGCAGAGCCUUUCUUUUUAACAAGGUAGUUAACCUGCAGUACAGUGAAGUUCAAGACCGGGUCAUGCUCACUGGCCGUCACAUGGUUCGCGAUGUGAGCUGUAAAAACUGCAAUAGCAAACUGGGAUGGAUCUAUGAGUUUGCCACUGAAGACAGCCAGCGUUAUAAGGAAGGCCGUGUGAUUCUGGAACGUGCUCUAGUUCGAGAGAGUGAGGGUUUUGAGGAGCAUGUACCAUCUGAUAACUCUUGAAGAAAAAGAGAUAACUUCAUCUUUUCCCAGGUCUCCUUCACUGAAAACAAAAAUCUACUUACAUACACUGUCACCUUAGCAUCAGAGUCGGAUUCAUGAACUGCGGAACAAGAGGUUGUGAGAAUCUAAGAUGGAACCUUUCUUUCUUUCUUUCUUUUUUUAAUUUUCUACUUUCCAUCCAACAACAGUGUGUAGAGAGAAUAUUAUGCAGAUGCUGUUAAAUUUUUUUUCCCUACUUUUACAUCUUGAGGCAGAAUCUUAUCUGCAGCUACAUGGUGGGCUAAGUGAGAAAAAAAUCUGGGCUAUUAGAGUGGAAAAGUGUGUUUUAUGUAAAUUUUGAAAGGACAAUGUGUCAAGAGCAUGGUUUUUAAACUUAUUUGGGCUUUAUUUUAAAACAUUUUUUUAAAACCCAGUUACUUCACUUGAUUUGCUAGCUUCAGAGAAGAGAUCCGAAUUUGUGACCAGCGCUAAAGGUUCAGUGUUAGUAUGGCUUGUGCUGGCCGUUGUGCCAUAUUCUUGUUGGAGAUGAACCGUAGCACCAGAGCCCAUUCUUCCUUGUCAGUCUUGACCCAAAGAUGUCACCAUUCCUAGUUACUUGUCACCAUGUAAUUGGUGUUGAUUGGAAACUCUUCCUGAAAUGGGGCAGAACUGCUUGGUUGUCCUUUCCAUGUAACUUAAGCAUAGUAAUAUAAAUAAAGUAAUAGUUGAAUGUCUUUGGUCCUGUGUUGCUUUUAAAAAAUACCUUUUAAAAGAGCAGAGAAUUUGAUGAGUAAUUUUCAUAGUACUGUUUCUUUUCUCUUAGCUAAAUUGACUGUGUAUGAGAUACUACUUUGUUUAAAUUAAAGCAUACUGUUUAAAUCCACAGUAUUGUAUUUAGAAAACAGUUGAACAGAAUGUCAAUGUGCAUUCAUGCAGAAAGCAUAUCAUCUGCAUCUGUUCUAGAAGAGGGGGGAAAUGAAGCAGCCUAUCUAAAAAUACUGCUCUGCAAAGCAUUUCAGCCCAUGCUCAGUUGUGAUUUUGACAAGUCUGCAGAGCCUAAUAAUUUUAUCAAAGGACUAGCUCUCAUUAGCGUUAUUUUCUCAGCUCUUCCCUAAGACAUUUAGCUAUUGAAAUUGAAACUGUACUUGGUCCCUUCAGGUGGAAGGGGAUCAAAAUUGACUCAGGGUGUUAUUUUAGCCCGAAAUUUGCAUUAUGAAGUAUUAAAAUGUAAAUGUUUCUUUAUCCAAACUAUUUCUAGAUAGUCUAGUAUUUGUUUCUGGUAGAGUAAAUGACAUUAAAGUUAACUAAUUUGAACGGAUGUUUAAGUGCUCAAUUUCUAGGUCUUUGUCUAGAGAGGAAAUUUGCCUCAAUUAGCAAAAUGUGUCAUUGAUAUUAGAAGUAACUUGUGAGUACAGUUAAGAUUAAGUUUCUCUUACUUGCCUUGGGCUCUUGGUUAGAGGCAUAGGGAUCUGAUUAAGUAGGUGUAUAAUAUUGCAUUUGAGAUAAGUUGAUACAAAUUCUGUCUUUCCGUCACCGUGGACUAAAUCUUCAAGCAUUAAGAAACAACAUCCAUUCCCAUUCAUUUCCAUGCUGGCCUUUGAUUAUAUGCAGAUUCCUAGUAGCAUGUCUCACCUAUGGCACUGUGUGCAUUUCUGUCAUAAUAAAGUAUAUUUUGUCUUGCA